AUGCCAGAAAAGUCCGAAUUGCUAUUUACAACCUCCAUUGCAGACGAUAAUGCAGGUAACACGAGACUUAGAAGGCGACUCGUAUGGAAGCUUGAUAUCAGGAUUCUUCCACCGCUAGCACUCUUAUACCUGGCGAACUUUGUGGACCGAUCGAAUGUCGGGAAUGCAAAGAUCUUAGGUCUGGCAGAUGAUAUAAACAUUACCAACCACCAAUAUGCAACUGCACUUUCUGUUUUCUUCGUUUUCUACGUCGUCUCGGAACUUCCUUCGAAUCUCAUCCUGAAACGGAUGACGCCAAAAUUCUGGCUUCCGUUCUUAGUUUUUGUCACCGGUAUCAUCGUCAUGUGCAUAGGGUUUGUCAAAACAUAUGCCCAGUUUAUUGCCGUUCGUGUGCUACUCGGAAUCUUUGAGGGCGGCCUAUAUCCUGGUUCACUGCUAUUUUUGUCGACACUAUAUACUCGGGAAGAGCUAGCCCUGCGAGUUGGUAUUUUCUACUCGGCUGCUUCGCUUUCCGGUGCGUUUGGCGGUCUACUUGCUCGAGGCCUCUCCGCAAUCUCCGCGACCUCCACCAUACAUGGAAGUUGGCGUUGGAUUUUUAUAAUAGAGGGCGUCAUCACUAGUGCAAUUGCCAUUGUGUCGCAUUUUCUACUGCCAAAUUCCGUGGAGACUGCCUCCUUCCUCACACAUUCAGAGAAGGAAUUUGCAAAGAAACGUCUUGAACUAUUUUCUGAAGCAUCUGUUCUCUCAUCAGAACCAGAGCAUUUCCAAUGGUCUGAAGUGCGUCGGGGGAUUUUUUCGCUUCAGUUGUUUUUCACCGGCACCGUUUACUUUUCCAUUUGUUGCGCACUCUUCUCUUUUAGCCUCUUCUUGCCAUCGAUUAUUCAAUCCCUUGGCUACACGGCAAACGAAGCUCAACUACUCUCCGUUCCCCCCUAUGCCGUAGCUUCGGUGGUAGGUGUCGGAGUGGCAUUUUUGUCCGAUCGUAUGCGAGUACGAGGAAAACUCAUUCUUGUUUCUCUCCCGCUAGCUAUUAUAGGAUAUGCUCUCAUAGCUCGGGUCUCCAGCAACGUGACAAAAUAUGGCCUAACCUUUCUGAUGGCAUCCGGUAUCUAUGGCUCAGUCCCACCCCUGUUGGUGUGGAUACUCAACAACAGUGCUGGUCACUACAAGCGUGCCACAGCAGGCGCCAUGCAAGUAUGCUUAGCUAACUGUGGAGGAAUUGUCGCUGCUUUUCUUUAUCCCGACUCUGAAAAGCCAGCUUAUGUAAAAAGCCACAAUAUUAUUCUCGGCUUGCUUUGUUACUCGUGGAUAAGUGUAUUGUUUAACGUUUUACAUGUCUGGAAGAUCAACAAGGACAAGGAGAAUGGGAAGUACGACAAGUACGUUGGGUCGGGAGACGAUCGUGAACCAUCAUUUAAAUUGGUGCUCUGA